CGCGCCCCUCCAUUCUCCAUUUCUUUCUGAUGAAGCUGUGGUGUUUUGAUGAAGAUUUGACGUAAAUAAAUUUAUGCGUUAGGUACCUUUUUAUGGUUUUGUUUAUCAGAUUUAUUUAGUUUCAAAUUUAAUUUAUUUAGUUAUUUGAAAAUGGUCUGGGGAUUCGUCACUUGUGGUCCAAACGAAGCACUUGUUGUAUCGGGAUGCUGUUAUUCGAAACCCCUCCUGGUGCCUGGCGGCCGCGCCUUUGUAUGGCCUGCUAUACAGAAUGUACAAAGGAUAUCUUUGAACACCAUGACGCUGCAAGUGGAAUCACCAACUGUUUAUACCAGCCAAGGUGUUCCUAUAUCCGUUACAGGUAUCGCUCAGGUCAAGAUCCAAGGUCAAAAUGCUGAAAUGCUGCUGUCUGCAUGCGAGCAGUUCUUAGGAAAAUCGGAACAGGAGAUCCAACAUAUAGCCCUCGUGACCCUCGAAGGCCACCAGCGUGCUAUUAUGGGAUCCAUGACCGUCGAAGAAAUAUAUAAAGACAGGAAAAUAUUCUCCAAAAAGGUUUUUGAAGUAGCUUCAAGCGACCUCAUAAAUAUGGGCAUAACAGUCGUUUCCUACACCCUGAAAGAUAUCCGAGACGAAGAGGGGUACCUGAAAGCCUUGGGGAUGGCGCGCACAGCGGAAGUGAAGAGAGACGCUCGUAUUGGCGAGGCUGAAGCCCAAGCGGAAGCGAAAAUCAAGGAGGCGAUGGCUGAAGAGCAACGCAUGGCGGCACGAUUCCUCAACGACACCGAAAUAGCGAAGGCUCAAAGAGACUUCGAGCUCAAGAAGGCCGCAUACGACGUAGAAGUACAAACGAAAAAGGCCGAAGCCGAGAUGGCAUACGAAUUGCAAGCGGCGAAGACGAAGCAGCGCAUAAAGGAAGAACAGAUGCAGAUAGCGGUCGUGGAGAGGACACAGGAGAUCGCCGUACAGAAGUGGGAGGUGCAGCGACGUGAGAAGGAACUAGAUUCUACCAUACGCAGACCGGCUGAAGCCGAGAAGUACAGGCUUGAGAAGUUGGCGGAGGCUCACAGACUGAAAACAGUAUUGGAAGCAGAAGCGGAGGCGGAAGCGGUCAAAGUGCGGGGAGAGGCCGAAGCGUUCGCCAUCAAAGCGAAAGCAGUUGCGGAUGCCGAGCAGAUGUCCAAGAAGGCUGAAGCGUGGAAGGAAUACGGCUCAGCGGCGAUGGUCGAUAUGAUGCUUGACACAUUGCCCAAGGUGGCAGCAGAGGUUGCGGCGCCGCUGUCUCAAGCGCGCAAGGUGACAAUGGUGUCGUGCGGCGGCGGGGAGGUGGGUGCAGCCAAACUCACCGGCGAGGUGCUCAGCAUCGUGCAAUGCAUCCCCGACCUGGUGAAGGGAGUCACCGGGGUAGACAUCUCCAAGGCUGUGAGCGAACCGCCCCCAGUGCCGACACCCACCGCCCGCGGGGACUCCGGCAGGAAGGCACGAUAACUGCCGACUAAAGUUAGGCCUUCCAAUGACGUUCGUCGAGCAAGCCCGCGCACUUUAAGCUGCAUUCAACAUACAAGUAACAAGAAUUCGUAGCGUUUGUUACAAAAAGAUUAGCUUACAUUGUAUUUAAUGUUAUUUCAGAUUUACAUUAUGUACCUAAUUGUGUAAUGGAUAAUGCAUAAUUUUAUUCUACCCAAGUGCCACUUUUGGAAAACUCAAAGGGAAUACCAAAG